AUGGCAAAUUCCAUAUCAUGGGCCCAAGAGGUCAUCACAUGUGAUCUUUGUGACAAUGCCACGCAGGUAUUCUGUAACAAAUGCCAAGUUAGUUUAUGGGAAGAAUGUAUCAACAAACAUGUCAGGAACCACAAGUCAUUAAGCCAUGAUAUUGUUCCUUUCAAGAACAGAACGAUACAGCUUGUUUUUCCAGAAUGUGAAUUUCACGAUAACCAGAGAUGUGAGGCCUACUGUCAACGGUGUGGUGUCCCUGUCUGCAUGAAAUGUGUCAUAACUUCCCAUAACGGACACAAAAUGAGAGAAAUACCAAAAAAUAUCAAUGACAAGAAAAAGGAAAUCCAAAAGGAAACGUUCGAAAUCGAAUCCAGUAUUAUACCUAUGUACUGGAAGAAAAGUCAAGAAGCAGAAAAGUAUAAAACUUCAUCUAUUGAAAAAUUUAGUGAACUUGGAGAAGAAACAGAGAAACAUAGACAAGAUUGGCGUCAGGAAAUAGACAAUAUUUUCGAUAAUUUAAGUUUUUUGAUCAAAAGAAAGAAAGAAAACCACUUGGCUCUACUGGAAACACACCAAUCCAAAAUAAGAAACAUGAUUCCAGUCAUGAUGGAAACAGCUGAACAAAACAAAGAAUUGCUUAAGUCAAAUAAAGUGUAUAAAGUCACCAACUACAAAUCUAAAAUAGAAAAAUACAGAAACAUUCCUGCAGCCAUGGAUCAAACAUUACCAUCCUUAAAAACUGACGCAGUCCAAGGAAGAGAACUAAGUAUAGAGCUAGGUGAAUACAAGGUUACACUGACACAGACAUCACUCUCCAGUCUCCUCUUUAUCUACAAGAUAGUUAUUAGACGAAGCAAGAGUUAUUGCCACCAUUCCUACUGGAGUAAAACAUCUAUUCAGUGCGGGAUGUGA